AUGAGCAACGUGCAAGAACUGACAUUUUCACAAACUUUACAGUCACAACAGUCGUUGCAGGCAAAUGUUUUGUUUACAGAAGCCAUUGCUGUCAUCCUAAAGAAUAAAGAACUUCAUGUUAGUCAAGGCUUUUUUGAACAGAUUCUCGACUUGGCCAGUCUCUACAUCGAUGAGCUAUUAGUGCAACUUCUUGACCAUGCUACAAUUCAGCGACGUCGGAAACCAGCUCUAUCAGAUUUGAAGAUGUUGCUUGAAUUUAAUCGAAUUAAUCCAACGGAUUUAUUUGAUGAAUUGGUGGCUUCGAAAAGUAUCAAUAAGGCGAGGGAUAACACUAAAAGCAAUAGGAGCCAGAAGGAGGCGAACAAACACAUGCAUGAGGAAAGCAUGAAUGGAGAGAACGACGAUAUCGAGCCACUGUCUCUACCGUUUUUCCAAAAUGAGCAGUAUGCUAUUUCCAAGUUGGUGCCAAAUAUGACAAAAAAGCCUAGCUACAUACCUUCGUUUUUGCCAGAUUUCCCACCAGACUAUACUUAUCAAUCAUCAGCGACUUAUACAAAGCCUUUGAGUGAUAUGAAGGAGCUCCGAAUAAGGUUAGUUGAAGAAUCACGACUAACGGAAAAGUCGUUAUACAAACUUAUCGAAAACGAUGAAGUAGAGCAAAUGUCGAAACGUAAUUUUGAACAAGAGAUUCAGAAACUUAUGGAUCAGCAAGCUACAACAGUGGCUAAGAAGGAUGUAGAUGAUGGUAAAAAGCAAAGAGAAGAAACUUUACUGAAGCAAGAAACAGGCGGAGACAUAGAGUUGAGUUCAACCUCAGUCAAUGGUGAGCACCAUAAUGAACAUCAUAAUGAACAUCAAAAUGAACAUCAAAAUGAAAAUGAGAUUGAUGUGGAGCACUCUGAUUUCAAGUUCGAUUUCAUUAAAUAUGCACAAUUGCGGAAAUCAAUUCUGGAAAAACGACAAAAGAAACUCGAAGAAAAGAGACAACUUCGCGAGCAAAACAUCUUUAUCAAAGCUGAAAGAUAUUAUGGGCCAUACGCUAUUGAGAAACCGACAAGGGAAACAAACUUGUUAUUUAAACAUGAACUUGAAACUUCUUUCAAAAAAGUCGUUGCUUCAUUAAGAUUCGAUGAAAGAAUGCGAGAAGAAGAAUCCAAGAAAUUGCUUGAGUUGAAAGAGAAACAGGAGCGAGAGGCACGAGAGCAAAAUGAGAUUAAGUUUGAUUUCAGUACUAGAAGAAACCAUGAUGCAUUCGAUAGUGAUAGUGAUAGCGAUGAUGAUAGCGCUCUCUUUGAUCAUCCUAUGGAAGAAGCAUCGCCAUCUCAGCAAGAUUUAGUUGCAUAA